CCAGCAUAGCAAUCAUUUAGCUGUGCGCGCACCGGGCCAUUCACUUACAGCACAUUGCCAACUGUUUUUGACUGCCAGGCUUAUGAGCGAUAGAAAUAGAUAUCGGUAUUUCCGAAAACAGCAGCACAUGUAUAUGAGCACACACACACACUGUAAAGAAAUAUAGGAACGAGUUCACCAUGAGUAUUCCCCAGAAAAAAUGUUUGAUUGUGUUAUACGAAGGACGUGUAUUCUCGCAGUGACUAAGAGGAAACAUGGGAUGGAUUGUGUGGUCUCUGUUCCUUUCAGCAUGUGUUGUUUCCGGCGGCCCGGAGCCCAUGUUGGAGACAAGCCUGAUUUCCAUCAGCACCGUGCAGGGAACCAACGUCAUCCUGCCCUGCAACAUCAGGGACAUGGACACAGUCAACUUCAGAGUACUCUGGGUGGCACCGGGCGGCUCGAUAAUAAGCUUGAAUAACAGAAUGCUUAUCAGUGACCGGCGGUUCCGGUUGACCCAGCCCUACUCCGGGGCCUGGAACAUGCAGCUGCACGGGGCCCGUAGUGAGGACAGCGGGACGUACUCUUGCCAGCUUAACACUGUCCCCGUACAAACCAAGAAAGUCAACCUCCAUGUCCAAGUUCCUGCGCGGAUCAGCUAUUCGGGAAAUGUCGACGUCAAAGUGGGCGAUGCAUUGACGUUAACGUGCAACGUAACCGGAGAUCCGCGGCCAAAUAUUACAUGGUUUAAGGAUGGAACAGAAUUACCUGACUUCCGGUCUGAGCGGCUGGUAAAGCCUGGAAUUAUGCGGUCGGACGAAGGAGUGUAUAGCUGCAAGGCGACGAACGGUGUCAUGGCGCCCGCUCGGGAAGAUAUGAUCGUGAAUAUACUUUUUGCCCCGGAAGUUCAUGUUCCGAAUGCGCGGAUCGCCCAGUACAAGAAUAAGGAUGUGUCCCUGGAGUGCGAGGUGACCGCGCGGCCUCCAGCCACAGUAACGUGGCACCACCAAAGCACGCCCCUCGACUCCAACUGGAAAUACCACAUAGAGUCGUUCACGGCGGGCGGUACGGUGAUCCACACGUUGACGGUGCGCCAGCUGCAGAAGUUCGACUUCGGCGACUACAUUUGCUUCGCCGCAAACACCGCCGGCACUUUCACACAGGUCAUAAAAGUCUCUGAACUUGUAAGAACGAUACCAACACCUUCUAUAACAACGACAGACAGCCCGACAACCAAGACUUCAAUGUUCACGCCUUCCCGACGACCUCCAAAAUCGACUACGUUAUGGCGGACAAUAACCUUCUCAACCGCCAUAUCUAAACCUUCAAACGCACGGACUGAAAAACCAAUAGUCAACACACCAGACAUUGCAUCAGGCAAAAUAACGAGUAAUGAUGCCGGGUCGAAAAGUGGUUGCAACAGUUUUGUACCUCGUCUGUGGUCAAGCCAUCUAUUUUUCUGGACGUUAUAUUAUGUAUGGUCUUUCAGCCCCAGAACCUUAUGGAAUUUAACAGCUGUUCUUACCUAAGCAUAUUAUCAAUUAUAAUUGCCAAAUAUUCAUAUUCAAUGUAAAUCCGCGAUAUUUAUAUUGUUUUAGGAGUCUUUACAUAUUAAUACCCGUUCAUGUGUUUAUGGUUUUUAUGAAAAUAAUAAAACUGUCCAAUUAAUUAUUA